AUGGCGACACCCCUUCAUAGACACCAGUCAUCCUUGCAGAGUUUCCUAGACUUCUCCUCCUCUACCGUUCUAAAUCCUGACCAAUAUAGUCAGGCAACCGCCAUCUUCGACCAACUCGUGUCUCGAUACGAGCCCUUCCAGGCUGAGCGUACAGCCUACAAAUAUAUUACUCUCCUCCGAACCGUCCAUGAAUCGGUUGUUUCCAAAGACAGCUUUCUUAACCACUUCUUCUUGUUCAUUGAUGCAGACCUUGGACAUGGACAGGACGCUCCAUCGUCAGACUUUUCUGAAAUUUUGUCUCGGUUUGACAGCCUGCAUGCUUGGAGCCGUGAACAAUCGGAUGAGCUCCAGGAAACCCUCGCCAACUUCUCAGACCACCUUGUGAAUAACUUCUUCCUGCCACUCAAAGCAUCUGGCCGGAAGUCCCCUCCACCUACCCCUACCUCUCUUAGUCUACCCCAGACCCCCGACCACGUCAUUGGCACCACACAACGACUUGUACGUCUACGGCAGCAAUGUCUUACUCGCGAUCGCUAUCGAUGCGUGAUUUCCCGCAAGUUCGAUCUCACUGAAGCAAACGCACGCUGGGAAAGAGAUGGUAGCAAUUCCAAGGACGAUGAUGGACUCCCGCUUAAGGAUGAAACACCUGAAUAUUUGGAAGUUGCACAUAUACUUCCUCACUCUCUCACGUCACUCUCAGGUGGUGUUGGGGAUUUACAAUUAGUAUAUAUCUCACUCUAUUAUUUCGUGGUUUUUAUUGACGAAAUAGUUAAGAGUGAAUCAAAAAGAGUGGCUCUUCAGAUAUUGAAAAUGUUCGAUCCUGAUGCUGGUCACCUCAUUGAGGGACCCGAUAUUGAUAGAUCGACCAAUGCUAUCACCCUGACGCAUCAUUGGCAUCGAGAAUUUGGGGAUUUUACGGUAUCAUUUCAACCAUCAAUCGAUACCUACAAGAUCGACUAUAUUGACCCUGAUCGACCUUUUCGUGAUCCUUUACUCCCAAUCAACCGCCAACUCUAUACUACUCUAACUAAGACCAUCGAUCCACCCUCUCCUCGACUUCUGGCUAUUCAUCAUGCCAUCGCGCGAAUCCUCCAUCUUAGUGGAGUUGGGAAGUAUAUUACUCAAAUCAUUCAAGAUAUGGAAGAGUCACCUCCGCCCAUGGUUUCUUUACCUUACAAUGACGACGAUGUUGUGCGUCUCUGUCAACAAUACGAACUUCUCCAGCUGCCGUUGCUAAGCCACGAGUCCACUGGUCGCAAAGUCAUACGAGUGUCAGACGGUGUUGUUGUGAAGUUCGGACUCGGUGUGACACUACAAGAGGCAAGUGCGCAGCAAAUUGCGUUCGAUCGAGACGUUUCGCGCAUUCCAUGGGUGUAUGGCUUCUUCGAGAGAGCGGAUGGGCUGUUUUGGAAGACAGGAUACCUCGUAAUGGAGUAUAUCGAGGGAGUGACCCUUGAGCAGGUGGGCUGGGAGCAACCUGGAAUGCUUAUGCGCGUCGCCGCGGCUGUGAACGCGAUCAACUCGAUAUCGAGCAAGUGUCCGGGCCCUGUCGCUGGGGGAGAAGCACACCACUCCCUAUGGUCGGAGAGUGGCUCCGGAACUGCCUUUCAGCACGUCCAAGAGCUAGAAGCUUAUCUAAACGACAGGUUAUCCUUCUUCGGAAGGGAAGCUCAUAUUCGCGAGGAUGAUCUUUGCUUUUGCCAUAUGGACGUGGCGCCGCGCAACUUCAUGGUCGAUCUGUGGGGCAGAUUAUGUCUGCUUGACUGGGCCACUGCGGGCUUUUUUCCACGCUAA